GGAAUAACGGUUUUCGUGGCUUGCAUAUGGGCGGCAUUUAAAUCCCUUUAAAUUUGUUUAUAUUUUAAAUUAUUAAACAAUUCGUGUUUGUGCAAUGGCUCAACCGUCAGUCGCUUGUUUUUUCAAGAACCGCAAACGUACCGCCCUCGAAGAUACCAAAAUAAUUCAGGCAAGAAAAGUUUUACUAUUAGAUUCUGGUGCUGUAACUUAUGCAUCACAAAAAGGCGACAUAGAGGUAGACAAAGGGAUUAUUUUUACGCAGGUACCACAGAAAACUUUGGGUUCCGAUGAGUGUCCUAGAGAAAAGCUUACGAAACUACAAGAAAAAGAGGAAACCUUUGUGGUAAGAGUGGCUAGUGAAGGUACGAAAAAUGUCCAGAAAAAAGUUCUUAAAGCGGCUAGGGGUAGGAAACCAAAGCCUGAAACCAACAGCAAAGAUAUUCAAGAAUUGUUUAAUAAAAUAAAAAAAGCUCAGGCUACUGAGAAACCUUCUGAACCUGGAGAGAAACCAUUUCUACCUCCUACGCGAAGAGGCUUGGCAGAGCUCAGAGCUUCCAUGGCACGAUUUAAGGAAGGCGAAAAAAAAUUGGCUGAAAUCGAAAAAAAGACAUCGCAAAUUACUCCCGAGUCUCCCAGAUUAAAAGGAUUUAAAACCAUUGAGUUGGAGGUGCAGACAAGUCCUCGCAAAUUGUUUUCACCAGAAAAAGCCUACCUGAGUCCCAAAAAAGAUAUAUCGGGUGUACGUAAAAACCUAUUGAACCUACUAAGCCCCACGAAAAAUGCCAUAUCCAUACCACAACAAACAAUAUCCAAGGAGCUUUUAUCAGAAACAUCCAAACCAGCUUUAACUUUACCAUUCAAGUACAGAUUCUUAGCUGAAAUGUUUAGGGCUGUAGACACAAUUUCUCAAUUGAUGUUCAAUCGCAAAGAAACUAUCACAUUUAGAAAACUUAAGCCUGCAGUUGAAGAAAUGCUCAAAAGGAAUCUGUUCGAAAAACAUUUGGCUCAAUUUAAGACAGUUUUUCCAGAGGCAUUUGAUUUUACACAAGAAAAAUUGAAAAUUUAUGGGUGCGGCAUGAGGGCAGAACAAUGGGAAUUAGUGGUCAAGCCUAACGUCAAAGAUAAUGAAAGUAUGACCUCAAAUUUUUUGUUGGAGAGAAGGAGGAAAUUUUUCAAUAUUUUAUUGGAUAAAGUUAAGGACUGCCAUGACGAAUUUUUGGCUACAUUGGAUAGUCCCAUUAGGAUUCCUAAGGACAAAGUCACCCGUUGGCAUCCGGAAUUUGACUUGGAGAAGGUUCCUGAUAUUGGUCUUUCACCGCUACCCCAACCUCCAGCAGAUGAUAAGUUGACAAGUGGCAAAGAUGUAUUGGAGAGAGCGAGAAGCCUCUUCAAUUGCAAUACAAGACUGGAGCAAGCCAUGAAAAAAUUGAAUGAUGCCAAACAAACCCAGACACCAUUGCCAAUAAAAGAGAUACCAAAGGAUAUGCCACAAUCCGUUUUAAAAGGCAUUCCGAAAGGCCUUCUAGAAAAAGUCCGUCAGAAACAAGCUGCCAAAGCUCUACUCUCUAUGACUCGAUCAGCUGACAAAGAAAAAGAAGUUCAACUGUACUCCCGCCUGCCAGAAAUAGCUCGACUCUCAAGAAACCUUUUUGUAUCAGAAAAAAAAGGAGUUUUACCUUUAGAGAUUGUCUUGGACAAAUUAGAAUUAUGUUAUCGAGGGAACUUAACAAGAUCGGAAAUGGAAGAACAUUUAAAAGCCAUAUCGAAAGAACUACCAAACUGGUUGAUUUUCCACGAUAUAAGGAAUUGUGUUUAUAUAAAAUUAAAUAAAAAUGCUGAUGUAAGUCUGGUGGUUUCCAAACUUGAAGGCUUGUGUAAAACAAAGAAUGAAUCAUAGUACAUCGUUAGGAUUUGACUCUAGUGUGUAAGUAUACUACAGUGUGUUCGUUUUACAGUAUAUUUUAAGAAAUACAGUAUUUGUGCGUACUUUUUUGAAAUCCAAACCAAAGCAUAGAAAUCUUUUGGAUUUAAAAAAAUUUAUAUAUAAUUUGUAGUUUUUUUUUGUGUGUUUUAUGUGCAGUUUUUCUGGUAUGAUUCCGCCUUAAUUAAUUUUGCAACAAAUCAUAUUGUUUUUCUUAUAAAAUUGCUUAUGGAAAAGAGUUUUUUAUUGUUAGUGGAAAGUUUUAUGUUUCUUGCACUGAUUAAUUUUAAGUUGAAAUACCAAUUAUUAUCAAAAACUAAAUUAUAUUAAUUAAUUGUAAUAUUUAAUAUAUCAGUUUAUA